UUUGCAGCAAGUUACAGUCUCAUAUACUCUCCUCUGAACAGUGAAAAAGCUAGCGCUUAGCGUGGUUAAUGGCUAAUACUGCUCCAGCAGUGCUAGCCAGGGUUAGCAGCAGGCUACAGUCCGAUAAUACUCACUUCUGAACAGCGAAAGAAACCUCCACUUAGCAUGGUUAGUGGCUAAUGCUAAUGCUGCUCCAGCAGUGCUAGCCAGGGUUAGCAGCAGGCUACAGUCCGAUAAUACUCACUUCUGAACAGUGAAAGAAACCUCCACUUAGCGUCGUUAGUGGCUAAUGCUUAUGCUGCUCCAGCAAUGCUAGCCAGGGGUAGCAGCAGGCUACAGUCUGAUAAUACUCACUUCUGAACAGUGAAAGAAACCUUAGCAUGGUUAAUGGCUAAUGCUAAUGCUGCUCCAUGAGAUGGACUUGAAUCAACACUCUGGGGAGCUCUCAAGCGCACAGUUAAUGCAACAUUCAUUAUGAUUUAAAAUGAGAAAACACAGUCAUUUGACCAUGAAUGGCUUCACCCAACCAUUAACCAUGAGUGAAAAAAAAGUUUUUUUGUUUUCAUUCAUAUCCUUUGAAAAAAGGCCCAAAAAAAGCAAAAAUUCUGCCGGGGUAUGAAAACUUUUAAAUCCAGCUUUACAAAACCUCAACAUUACUCCCAUCCUGCAGUUUGCAGCUCUCACCACAUGAGAGCAGCACAUAAAUACUGUAUACUCCUUCCAGCCCCAACGCUCCAGCUCAGCCAAUAAGAGUAGAGGAGAGUAAAGGAGAACUGAACAGAAGAGGAGAGAGGAGAAGUGAGGAGAGAAGAGAAGGGAAGGGUGAUGGAGAGAGUGAGAGCCGCAAUCAGAGGAGUGAGCUUGACUGAAGAUGACUGAAGAACACACUCUCAGGCUCUGCUGAUGCUUUCUUCCAACUGAACUAAUCGAGAUGAAUCUUUCUGGCAAGUCAUUAUGGGUGGGGAACUCCUCCCUCUCUCAUCACCACAGCAACACCACACUGUUCCUGAUGGACGGGCCGUGUGGGAGGUCGCUGAGUGUAACCCUCGCUCUGGUGCUUUGCUAUGGGCUGGUGCUCCUCCUGGGGCUACUAGGCAACAUCCUCCUCAUCUGCAUCAUCCUGCGACAUAGGGACCGCCCCAACGUCACCAGCAUCUUCAUCGCUAACCUGUCCAUCUCAGACAUCCUGAUGUGUGUGUUCUGCCUGCCCUUCACUCUCAGCUCGGUUCUGAUGGACCACUGGGUGUUUGGGGCGGUGCUGUGCCGGCUCACGCCUUUCAUCCAGUGCAUGUCCGUCACCGUGUCCGUGCUUUCCCUGGUGUUAAUCGCUCUGGAGCGCCAUCAGCUGGUCCUACAUCCAUCUGGAUGGAAGCCAAGCCCUGCCCAGGCCUGCUACGCCCUUUUGGGGGUGUGGUUUGUUGCCACAGUCACCGCUCUGCCUUUUCUUAUCUUCCAGCUGCUGAGCAGCGACCCCUACAGCGAGCUCCCAACUCCAGAGAACCAGCUGCAGGCCUGCCAUGAAGCCUGGCCUUCCGUACAGGACAGACAGGCCUACAGCGCCGCCCUGCUGGUGUUCCAGUAUUGCGGCCCGCUUCUGCUCAUGCUGUACUGCUACCUGAGAAUUUUCCUGCGCCUCAGACUCCGGCGCCGCCUGCUGGAGCGGCAGGGCAGCCGCGGCCGCGCCGAAGAACGAAGACAAGUCGCGAACAGCAAGCGGGUCAGCAUCAUGCUGGUCACCCUGGUGACGGCGUUCGGGUUGUGCUGGCUGCCGCUGAAUGUGUUCAACACCGUGGCGGACUGGCACGAGGAGGUGCUGCCCAUGUGCCAACAUGACCUUCUGUUCUCACUCUGCCACCUGCUGGCCAUGAUCUCCACCUGCAUCAACCCCAUCGUCUAUGGCUUCCUCAACACCAACUUCCGCAGCGAAGUGCACUCCACCCUGUUGCACUGCCGCUGCCGGCCAGAAGGGGACGAUUACGAGAACUUCCCGCUCUCUGCCGUGAACACGGACAUGUCCCGCGCAUCACUUAAAACCAACUGCAGGAACCACUCCGGCUGAGAAGGUGGCAAAGCUAUGAAGACCCCAGAUCUCAGUGCUAGAUUCUAUUUGCCAAAAAAAGGUUCCAAAAUUAUGUUCCUUAAAGGAGAACUCCAGUGUAAAAUUGACUUUGGGUGUAAAAAAACUUAAUAAAAAGUACUAACCUUUGUUGAAUAGCCUA